AUGCAAUUGCUGCUCCGACAGCCCUUACGCAAUGGCCUCUCUCUCAUAAGGCCUUCUUGUCAGCGUUUAUUUGUCACAUCCUUGCCUCCGAAACAGCUCUCCCUCUCCGCUCAGAGCCCCGCGGCACAAACGGGCUCACUUUGCCUUCGAUGUCAAUUCAGAACACAAUCACGAAGAUUCUCUUCAAAGCAGGAGAAUGAAAAACCUAGACCGGAGCUUCAGAAUCUGCAGAGUACCCCUGACGCCGGUAAAGAUUUUGCCUCGGUAACGGUGAAUAAUGAAGGACAACAGGAUAUAGAGUCUGUACGUUUGGAGCAGAAACAGGCUCCGAGUACUCCAGGGGAAGACAAUCUUCCUUCGGAUGCGGAGCGGAGACGGUCUCAGCUAUCUAAAAAAUUUACGGAUCUCAUGGACAAUAUACAAGGGAAUGUGUUCAUUGCGGGUCAGAAGUUGAACGACCUUACGGGAUAUUCGGGCAUUGAGAAGCUGAAGAGGGAUAUCGAAAAUCAAGAGAACCAGGUACUACAAGGCCGCUCACUCGUCCGACAUGCCAAAGAAGCAUACUCAGCAGCUAUUAACCGACGCUCCGCCUCACAACGUGAAGUCAACGAACUUCUCCAGAGAAAACAUGCCUGGUCUGCCACCGACCUUGAACGAUUCACCUCUCUCUACCGAUCCGAUCACGCCAACGAAGUUGCCGAACACGAAGCUCAGGAGGCUCUCACAAAAGCGGAACAUGAACUAGAAGAGGCCACAGCCGGACUCAACCGUAGCAUUCUUUCUCGCUAUCACGAAGAACAGAUAUGGUCCGAUAAGAUCCGAAGGAUGAGUACGUGGGGUACAUGGGGGUUGAUGGGUGUGAAUGUUUUGCUAUUUCUCAUCUUUCAGAUUCUUGUCGAACCCUGGCGACGACGUCGGCUAGUUAAGGGGUUUGAAGAGAAGGUCAAAGAAGCUAUUGAGACCGAGGCUGAGGCAAGCCGAACCAUUGUGGCAGGCCUGACUCGUGCCGUGGAAGCAGGAGCGGCUACUGCCGCGGAGACUCCGACGGCCCCAGAACCGGUUGCUGAAAUGGCGGCCUCGGAGAUUAUCUUGCAAGACGGCAUACCGGAGGUUGAACCACAAGGCGCGGUCGUAGUUGCUCCAGGGGAGGUGGCUCCUGUAGACGUUGUGCUCGAGGAAGAUGUCAAGGAUGGAGUUUCUGCCAAACAGCUAUCCACUUACCUCUCGACCGAAUAUUGGAGACAGACUUUCCAAGACGUCCUCAGCGACCGCCAUGUUGGUCUUACGCAGCGUGAGCUAACAAAGAUUGCAUUGCAAAGUGCUACUAUCGGUGCCGCUGUCGGAGCCACGAUUAUCGGUCUUACGGUGACAUUUCUUCGACCGAAUUGA